AUGUCUCCAGCAUCCAGAUCCAAGUCCAAAGACAAAAAGGCUGGGAAGGAACCCCCCAAGGGUUCUUCAAAGCAUUCAGGUCAUGCUAUUGCACCUGGUGGGGUUGCGGCGAGUGGAUACAAUCCUGUUUUAGGAACAUUCCAUACAUUUGAGACGGCACCAGUGUCUUUUGCAGGUCAGCUUGUUGGGAAUGGUCGUUUCCGAAACAUAGAUGAGACGGACGAUCAUAGUGGGAACGCAUUUGGAACUGGUGUGGAAUAUGAUUCUGUUUCCAAUACUGGUAGCUGGUCUGGUGAGUCAGAAGACCUGAAAGAGAAAAUGUUGCACACCCUUCAGCAUCAGGAAUCAGUACCUGGAGCUGACAAUGACAAAAGAGACAGAAUACGCCAGAAAAAUGAGAGGAAACAUCAAAGGCAAAAGGAGAGGCGAGCUCAAGAACUGCGUGAGCAGUGCAGUGGUUAUCUUAUGUCAAGGAAGCUAGAAAAGCUUGCACAACAGCUUGUGGCUAUGGGCUUCUCUCAAGAACGGGCAACCAUGGCUCUUAUUCUGAAUGAAGGCAGAGUAGAGGAGUCAGUAGCUUGGCUGUUUGAAGUAGGCGAAGAAGAUAAGCAUAGGGAAAAAAAUAUUGAUGGAGGGGGUAAUUUGAAAAUUGAUAUUUCAGAAGAGCUCGCCUCGAUUACAGAUAUGGAAAUACGGUAUAAAGCCUCCAAGCAGGAGGUUGAAAGAGUUGUAGUUGCCUGUGAGGGCGAUCUUGUAAAGGCAGAAGAAACUUUGAAGGCACAGAAGCAGGAGCUCCCUGCUGGUCCUUCAAAGCCGGAAGAAACCGGUGAUUCUUCUACUGUUGGCAAAGGCUGUCUACCAAUGGCUAUUAGUCAGAACGCGAUGAGGUCACAAGAAAAACUGGCUUCUCCUACUACCAUACAACAGAAAAGAGAUGGAAAAUAUUUCGAUUAUACCGAAGUUCCUGGGACAGUAGGAUCUUCUGUAGAAUCUGGAACCAAAAAUGUACAGUCAUUGAAGAAAAUGCAACCGAAAGUGGAGUUGACCGAACCACAGCACAGUUUCAUGCUGGCGGAGAAAAGGUGGCUGAGUGAAGGAUCAAAUCCGUUUAUGCCCUAUUCGUUAACGUCACCUUUGCAGGCUUCACCUCCAUCAACAAGGACAGAAGGAAAUUAUGUUUCUGGGAAUGAAGUAAAGAACCUGCAGCUUGGAUCAGUUAGAGAACCUGUCAUAGUGAUGCAGCGACCUCAAUCCAUGAAUGCAAAGCACAUACGUACUCCAAGUGUUAGCUCAUCUCUACCUGGGACAGCUUUGGGUUGGCAACCAACUAGUGCUGGAACUAUGAAGCCCAGUGGCUUGGUCCCAACUAUUACUGUCACAAGGAGUCUGAGCCCAGAUGGAGUUAGUUCAAAUCAGCUGUAUCACCAACUGAAUUACCAACCUCAGGAGCAAUUUGUGUCCAGCAGUAGCUCAAUGAAUUCCCGAGGAAUAACCAGGGGGAACAGUUUGUGGAAUAAAGCGGGUACAUCACCAACGCUCUCUGCCGCUACUUCCCUUGGACUCUUUUCUGGGGGCACCAACGGUGCUUCGGGAUCGUCAUCUCCUGUAGACUGGAAUACAGGCAGCUCAAUGUUACAGUUAGAUUUCGCCAACAUAGACUGGAGUUUGGAUAUUGGUUCUAGGUUGAGGCCCGGUGGGCUGUGGUCUGGCACAAACCCUUUUAUGCAAAACAACACUAGUGCAUAUGGAUCUUUCUCCUAUGGUCUUGGAAUGUCUACCAAAGGACCUGUUCUAUCUAAUGGGAAUGGCAUUUCGAUUCCAGGGUUGCAGGAUCGGGUAGCCACAUCUGAAAUAACUGCCAAUGUUUCUCGGGAUUGGGCUUCUCCCUUCGAAGAGAAAGACCUGUUCAGUUUACCCAGACAAUUCAUUUCCUCCCCUUCUCUCUAG